AAUUAGCACCCUAUCUAAAUUAUCAAUAUAUAAUUAGCAGUUUAGCACACUAAUAAAUGCCAUUAAACUAACGUUGCUUGCUACAUACACGAUGAGCCGCCAUAGGAACCCAGCACAAACUUGCCCUCCCACCAUAAUACCACAUCAACUCCCCUACGGCUAUGGCUAUGUACCAUCACCACCAGCAGCCGCGCCUCCAACUUCCCACUCCGGCACCAUGCGCUACAGGGGCACGCGUCUCCGAAGUGGGAAGUGGGUGUCGGAGAUAAGGUUACCACGUACCACGAAGCGCAUUUGGCUGGGGACAUACGCAUCUCCUGAGAUGGCUGCUGCUGCUUACGAUGCUGCUACUCUUGCAUUGAGGGGCCCCGAAGCCCAUCUCAACUUCCCCAAUUUCAUACUCUCUUACCCUAUUCCUGCUUCAUUCUCCGAUGCUGAUAUUCGCGCUGCCGCUGCCGUCGCUGCCUCCUUCGUCGCUCAGUAUCGGACUACCACCGAGGCGCCACCAGCGAUUACUACUUCUGCUGCUGCUGAUAGCUAUUCCUACAACAGUAGUAUCGGACAAGUAGAAGGGAUGAUAGGAGAUUAUUUUGAUGAGGAUGAGCUGUUGAAUAUGCCGAGUGUGAUCCAAGACAUGGCCAGAGGACUGCAGAUUAGCCCCCCAAGGAUGCCUUCUUUCUACUCCGAUGAUUCCUCCGACGACAUUUAUUCGGACCUGUAUACCCUUUGGUAAUAAUAACUCCACACCACACCAGAGGAUCGGAUGAGGAUAUAAUAAUUAUUAUCAGAAUAUUAUGUUGCAUGCUAAUAAUUGUAAAUCGGCAUCAGCAUAAACUACAUGGUGCCUAUUAGCAGAGUGUGAGAGUGUGUGUUUCUAGGUCUUGGGGGUUCACUUUCACGGUGCACCUUCUCAGGUGAAGAUUGCUUUCUAUCCAAAGAAGCUAAUAAUUUGAAGAUCAGACUUGGGCAUGAAGAGAUUAUUAUAUCUCACGGAACCAGCCCUUUUAAUUUCUUUCUCCCUUGUCUCAUCUCUAAGCUUCUAUUUAAUAUUAUAAUAUGUCACAUGGAACUAUCUCUUCUGCCAGUGGUAUUAGUCCAUAGUGAAUUUGUGUAAUAUUUAUAUAUGAAUGACUACAGCUUUGGUA